AUGGAUCACAAAAUUGACAGUCCCCUUUACAGCCGAUCUCCGUUAUUCGAGAACGAUCAUGGACUCGGUCCUUCCGGCUUGGAUCGUAUACGCCAGCACCAACCCUCGCGAGUCCUGACACUUCCAAACCUAUCCACAUCGUCACUAGCCCCGAUGGCUACUCAACGCCCCGCUCCUUCCCCUCGCUCGCGCUCAUCGACUCGAGCUCACUCUGGCCGUUUGUCUAUGAGCUCAAGUACUACGGAUUUGGAGGAUCUACACCGAUUCCCUCUGGAGUCACUACAUUCAUUUUCGUUUGCUCAGCAGUCCGAGGAAUUCCUCCACAGCCGUCAAAACAUCCUCAAACGGUCUAUUGAUUUCAUGCGCGACCGGAUGGGAUGGGCUGCGACCAAUGCCGGCAUCGCCAAUGCGCAAGCCAACGUCAGCGGGGACCCAGAGAUGCAAGGUAUGAUGGACCUUCUGGCCCGAGCCAACAUGCUUGAAACCCAGGAACAACACAUUCCACACCGAGGACCAAUCACUGGACCCGCGGAAAUAAAUGGCAGCAAUGUUUUUGAGAAGGCCUUCUCGGAUGGUGGUUCACUGUCUCCGGUCAGCACCCGAGACACUGCCCAGGAUUCUUUCACUUCCGGGUCACAUAUUUCUGACAGUACACACAUGCUGAGCCCGGUGCCCAGCGAUCGUAUCUCCAACCAAAGGCGGGACCUAAUAUCGGCACCAACGUCCAGGCGUGUAAGCUUAAAACGUACAUACACGGACCUCUGCUCUGCUUCCCUCAAGAGCAAGCUGAUGGAAACUCUAGCACAACCUUAUACCUCCUCGACAGACCCCUUCGCCUCGCUUAAUUCAUCUACCGCUGGAUUAGGAUUUCCGAUCCCCGCCCUUCACGCCCAUAGCAGCAAAUGGACCCCAGUCUCCCAGGCCGUUUUCAGGACCGAAGCCCACGCACCUUGGACUAUUUUGGCCGCUAAUGAUCUCUCCUGCUUGAUUUUCGGCGUUCUUCAGUCCGAAAUUCGCCGUCUCAGCAUCCUGGAAGUUGUACAGAAAGAGCAUAGAGAAUGGCUGGAGGCCAAACUCCGGGAUCCCAGCACUGACGCCGCUGCCCGCAUGCCGCUUCAACCAGAAAGGGCCAACAUCAGCGCCGUCAACCCGAAGUUCCGCGGUCUCGGAAACGGCGUAACCGCACAGUUACUCAGCAAACCAUCUUCGCGUGAAAAGUCGCGGAGGUCGCAGACAGAUGAUGGGUAUGGCUCAAGCACGCGAACCCCCCGAAACAAUAACCACCCAGGAAACAAAUCACGAGGAGUCUUGUUAUGCGGCGACGUCGUGCCAAUUCAAAAGCGCAACGGAUCACGGGGAUCGGCUAGUGUUUGGGUUAUGGAAAAGCGUGGUGGCCUGAUUUGGGUCCUGGAGGAGAUCACAGAAAAUGUUGCCUUUGUCCAGUGCGAUGAUUCAUGGAAAGUUGUGGAAGCCAAGGGUGACCCGGACAAGAUCUGGGGUUCAUCUGUUGUCCACAGCGGCCAAUCAAUCACUGAUCUUCUACCAUGUUUGCCGCCAGCAUCUCUCGAGACAUCGUUCACGAAGGGACUGGACGAAAUUUUGCGGUUGAAGCACUUUGCCGCCCGCACUGCGGCUGGCGUUUGCAUCCCUGUGGCUAUCGGAAAGGGAGACGGAGAUCGUACUCUCCAAGUCUCGAGCUUCCCUCAUGUUGCUGGCAUGAUGGUGCUGUCAUCCACUUCGUUGAAUGUGAUCAGUUCUAACUCUGUGUUCUCUUCCGUCCUGUUCGGCCAAACCCGACCGGAAGGGCUUCAUAUCACCGAGCUGGUGCCUGACUUUGAUGAGAUUCUGGAUGUUUUGACUGAAGAGGACAAUGUACCAUUGGUUGAUGGAAUCGUUAUUCCUGAACACAGCUUCAGACGAGCUCGAACCUUGUCUAUCCUUCGUGAUGGAAAAUCAAACGCCGCCUCUGUUUUCACAGAGCCAAGUGGUCUACUUGCUAAACACAGGGACGGCUCGACCAUUGUUGUGGACAUACAACUACGCGUGGUUAAGAGCGGGACAUUUUUCUCCAAGGAAAAGACAGAGAGAUCUAGCGAUCGCAGUAGCGAUUCUGAUGACAGCGAUGAUACAAUUGCAGUCACAGAGUUGGUGUACGCCUUGUGGAUCACCUAUUCGCGGCAACUCCAUGCCGCUGGGCCUGCCGCCGGCCUCUCGCCAUCAUCCGUACCGACUUCCAAAUCCACGUCACCGACACAUGAUUCAGCAUCGGAUAACCCAUCAGACUUAGGUUCUGACACUCAAACCGCCGAAAACCGCCAGACUUUGGUAGAAAUUCAAGCUCCAACUUCGACUCUCAGCCAACAGCUCAGCGAGGCAGCGUCACAGCCUCUGACUGACCGUCCUGUGCAACCCAUCCCCGAAAUUUCACCCGCCAAGAAGAAUGAACCCCCACUGAAACGGACGAUCAACGACUACGUGAUCCUCGAGGAAAUGGGUCAGGGAGCGUACGGACAAGUCAAGCUGACGCGCCUGAAGAAGCAGCCCACCAAGAAGAUGGUGUUGAAAUUUGUCACGAAGAAGCGGAUCCUGGUUGACACGUGGACUCGUGAUCGACGGCUGGGAACUGUGCCUCUGGAAAUCCAUGUCCUCGACUUCCUCCGACGGGAUGGACUCAAACAUCCCAAUAUCGUCGAGAUGGAGGGUUUCUUCGAGGACGAUAUCAACUACUACAUUGAGAUGACACCUCAUGGGCUACCAGGAAUGGACCUCUUCGAUUACAUCGAGCUCAAGGCCAACAUGGAUGAAUCAGAGUGCCGCAACAUUUUCAAACAAGUUGUGAGCGCCAUCAAUCACCUACACACCAAGGCAUUGGUAGUGCACCGCGACAUCAAGGAUGAGAAUGUAGUUCUUGAUGGAGAAGGGCGAAUCAAGUUGAUCGACUUUGGCAGCGCGGCUUACAUCAAGAAUGGACCGUUCGAUGUCUUUGUUGGAACGAUUGACUAUGCCGCGCCCGAAGUCCUCCAAGGACGAUCGUACCGAGGCAAGGAGCAAGAUAUCUGGGCUUUGGGCAUUCUCCUCUACACCAUCGUAUACAAGGAGAACCCGUUCUACAAUGUCGAUGAGAUCCUUGACCACCCCCUCCGAAUCCCAUUCCUUCCCUUCUCGGAAGACUGCAUUGACCUCGUCCGCACGAUGCUCGAUCGUGACGUUGACAACCGACUUACGAUCACCGAAGUCCUUGGGCACCCGUGGAUGGUGGAGGCUUGA